AUGACUCCGACUAAAAUGUUCUGCGGCGAAUUGCUGAUUUCAUUGGAAGUGGACUCUAAGCACUGGACCAUGACAGAAAGUAGUGCAUCCAUGCUCUUAGUCAUCUCUCCGCUAAAUGGUGGCGACGCGCGAGAUGGCGGUGGAGGCAUGCUUAGGGGUGCUUUCGGUAGUCAGCAGGACACCUUAGCUCCGACAACGUCCGACCGAGACCACGCUCCGACCGAACGACGCUCCGACCGACGACCGACACUCCGACCACGUCGAACGCUUCGAUGCUCCGAUGCGAAGCUAUACGCUCCGAUAGACGACCACGCUCGAGCGAUAAAACCGACUUCCGACCGACCAACGCCCGAGAACGUUCGAGACCGACGCUCUGAACCAAGCGCUCCGACGCGCUCCGACCGAUCUCGACGCUGCGACUUGUACGCUCGCUCGCGACCGACGCUCCGACGACGCUCGACCAACGCUCCCCAACGCGACCGCUCCGACCGACGCUCCGACCAACGCGACGCUCCGACGCUCCGACGCUCCGGAGCUCGGACCGACGCCCGAUCCGAGACGACCUCCCCCCGACCGACGACCGAACGCUCGACCAACGCUUCGACGACCGCUACGCUCGACAACGACUCCGACGCUCCGACGACGCACGACCGACCAACGACGACGCUCCGACCACCUCCGCCCGACGACGCGCUCCGACGACGCUCCGACGAACGCUUCCACCCACGCUGGUCCGACGCCAACGCUCGACCGACGCUCCUGACCAACCAACGCUCCGACAUACGCUCCGACCGACCGACCAACGCUCGACCGACGCUCCGACCACGACGCUCCGACCGGAACCGACCGCUCCGACCGACGCUCCGACCGACGCUCCGACCGACGCUCCGACCGACGCUCCGACCGACCCGCUCCGACGCUCGCUCCGACCGACGCUCCGACCAACGCUCCGACCGACGCUCGGGACCGCUCCGACCAACGCUCCGACCGACCGCUCCGACCAACGCUCCGACCGACCAACGCUUCCGACCAACGCUCCGACCGACGCUCCGACCGACGCUCGACCCCGACGACGCUCCGACCGACGCUCCGACCAACGCUCCGACGCUCCGACCAACGCUUCCGAACGCUCCGACCGACGCUCCGCGACGCUCCUCGACGCUCCGACCAACGCUCCGACCCGACGCUCCGACCAAACGCUCCCGAACGCUCCGACCAACGCUCCGACGCUCGACCGACGCUCCGACCAACGCUCCGACCGACGCUCCGACCAACGCUCCGACCGACGCUCGACGCUACGCUCCGACCAACGCUCCGACCGACGCUCCGACCAACGCUCCGAACGCUACGCUCCGACCAACGCUCCGACCUACGCUCCGACGCUCCGACCAACGCUCGCGCUCCGACCGACGCUCCGACCAACGCUCCGACGACGCUCCGACCAACGCUCCGACCAACGCUCCGACGCCUACGCUCCGACCAACGCUCCGACGCUCCGACCGACGCUCGACCAACGCUCCGAACGCUCCGACCUACGCUCCGACCGACGCUCCGACCAACGCUCCGACGCUCCGACCAACGCUCCGACCUACGCUCCGACGCCAUUCCGUAGAGCAAAAACUUACGAAAAGUCAGAUCCAAGAACUUCCAUCUGAAGCCAGCGCAGAUGCACGUUUAUGCCCAUUAGCGGGUUUGAGGGUUCAAGAAAAAAGGUUCCAGACUAGAGAUAUUUUUGACCACUCGUUCGAAAAUUUUUACAAAGGUUCAGUCGUGAACAAACCUCAGGCAACAGUGGAACAAACAUCAGGCAAUGGUGGCUGCCCAGGGCACUUGUCUUAA